UCAUUCGUGUUUUCGUGCUCAGGCUACUUCGCACAUUCUCCGCUCUCAUAUAAAAUCGUAAUAUAUAUACUUCCUAUAAAAAAACGAUGCCUCAUAGAAAACGUAAGAGUGAUGCUCAUGAAACCAGUGUUCUAAAGAGAAAAUUAUGAAAAUUGAACGAAACCGUUUACGUCGUAUGCGAGUUUUAUCAUCAAGUUCCUGGGAUUUAUCAAGUUCAUCAUCAUGUGCAUCGCCUGAACCGUCAUCGCGUCGUAGUGAACUGCGCCAACCACGUCAUCGCUCGCCCGCUCGCUCCGCUUGGCCUAUAAAAGGCGCCCUUGGUAGUGACGAAAGUGGUUCGUAUUGUUGUCAUACUAUAUCGAGACGAGCAAACACCGUGGUUGCUCAAGUGCAAAUUCACGCUACUCCAUCAGCUCGCGCUAUCGUAGCGACGACUUGUCUCGAGAUACAGCACCUUGCGUCUACAACAGUAGAGCCUAUUAUCUCAAACGAGGUAACUGAUGUUAUAGAUCCUACUAAUGAACCGCUCGCCUUGCUUUCGAAUGCUGAUCCCUUGGUAGGAUCAGAGCUGAGCAGUGAUAUAUUAGACAUCCUUGGAGAAGACCCUUCAAACCAAAAGACCAAAGACAUUCAAAAAGAACUUGCUGUAAGAUUCGAUCAUAUAGCCACAAAUGGACUCAAGAAAGAAACUCGGAAAAAAUUUCGAGAAAAAUAUCCGGCUCCGGCUAACUGCCUUGAUGCUCCGCAAAUAAAUCCUGAAGUCAAAGCGGUUACACAGAUACAGAAACAACAUUAAAGAGACUUGAUGGCAUGGAGCAGAAACAAAAACAACUAGCUAGUACGAUUGCAUGUCUGGGUGAAGCCAUUAUCGUACUAAUUUCCCACAAUAGAGAUCCUAAUUUAUUAAAAUUAUUGAUGGAUGCAGGUCGAAUUAUUUGUGACACUCAGUACAGUGACUCUGUAACAAGAAGGUAAUUGAUCCUCG